CCUUCCCAUCCAUCUCAAAACCAAACGCGUGUGAAUAGUACAAUGGCGUCCGAAUCAACCCCUCUGCUACACGAGGGAGACCAACAUGGCUCUAGCCUUCCAGAAGUCGCCCAUACAACCCGUAGCACAUUCGCCCGCCGACUCAACGCGAAACACGCAUUCGUCCUCAUCACCACUAUCGUCAUCGGAUCAGGCGUCUUCAGCUCUCCCGGCCCCGUUGAUGCCAAUGUACCUUCACCGGGCGUUGCACUUUUGGUCUGGUUGCUCGGCGGUUUUCUCGCCUGGACCGGCGCCCUCACCAUGGCAGAGCUAGGCACGGCCAUUCCUGGCGAGGGCGGUAUCCAGCCCUACCUCAGCCACAUUUAUGGCGAGGUGUGGGGCUUCCUAGCCGGCUGGAGCUGGAUCGUCGCCACGAUGCCGGCGACGUUGGCGAUUCUGAGUAUCGUUUUUGUUGAGAGUGUGUAUUCUGCUUUUGGGUGGGACAGCGCUCGUGAUGGAUUGGCGCAAAAGGGGUGGUCUGUGCUAGUGUUGGUAAUUGUGACUAUUGCCAACUCGAUCAGUACAAAGACGAGUACGCGUUUAGGUGAUUUCUUUGUCGUUAUCAAGUUCUCGACUAUCUUUUUGCUAAUCCUGUCGGGCUUAACCGUUCUGGGGGUCUUUGUUGCGCAGCAUGGAAGAGAUCUCGGGGGAGGAGAUUGGUAUAAAAAGAGGUGGUUUGCAGCAAGGGAUAGCGUGCUUCCUGAUGGGAGGUUGGUUGAUUGGAGCGAGGUGGGAGCUUGGGAGUUGUUGGGAUUCUUUAGCACGGCGCUGUAUGCGUCGCUAUGGUCGUUUUCCGGUUGGGAUAAGGCAAACUAUGUAGCAGCAGAGCUACGCAAUCCCAGCAAGCAGCUUCCACUAUCCGUCAAUACAGCCAUCCCAACCAUCAUCCUCUGCUAUCUGGCUGCCAACACCGUUUACUACAUCCUCCUUCCGUGGAACGUCGUAUCUGUUACUGAUGCUGCAGCAGUGACAGCUAUAUCCCACUUCCUAGGCCAGGGACCAGCCUUCUUCGCCACGAUACUCAUCUGCCUCGUUAUUGCUGGCUCUGCACUCGGCAACUCCUUCGUUGCAGGCCGCAUGACCGUGGCCGCCGCGAACAAGCGCUGGCUUCCCGGUUUCCUCGGCAGUGUGGGCGAAAUUGGAAGAUGGAAGGUGUCAAGCGGUGCUGUAGACGCCGAAAACUCCGAUGAAGAUGAGGGAGCUGCAAGCGAAGCAGCAAACGAGGCGAUGGACAAGGGGGAAGCUCCAAUAAAUGCCCUCGUUCUCAACACCCUGCUCUCAUCCCUAUACAUCCUCCUAGGAAACAUGCGCAUCCUUCUCACCCUCAACGGACUCAGCGAGUACUCUUUCUUUUUCCUCACUGUGACCGGGGCCAUCAUCCUCCGCUUCCGGGAGCCGGACCUCCAUCGUCCUAUCAAGCCUCCGCUAGUGGUGCCUGUGCUAUUUGCACUGAUCAGCGGGUUUGUGGUUGUGAGAGGGGCCCUGUUUGCGCCUGUGCAGGCGGCUGUAUUGGUGGGCGUCUGGGCUGUGGGGUUUGUGUGGUGGGCUGUUAGGGUUCACGGGAUUGAGCGAUUGAGAAGUGAGUGAGUCUGCCUUCAGGGGAAGCUCUUCUGAGCUUUGGUAAGCUUCCCGUCUUUAGAUUACUGUAUGAGCAAAUGGGACGCGCAUGCGGUUUUCAUUCGAUCAUCAUAAUUCAUGGGCAGGCAGGUCUGCGUAAAUACAACAUAAUAAACAAGUCAGACGAACAACACCUUUAUCUAGCAAAAAAUCGCAGCAGUCCGAGGUGCAAAACCGGAAAC